AAGAAGAAGAAGAAAAAUCAUUACAAGAUAACCUUACUUUUUAUAUGAGGAUAUUAAAGCACAAUUAUUUUAAACCUUGCAUAUAAUAACAAAAGUGUUUACUUAUAUGGAUGGAAUACACAUUUAAAAUACGUAUUCUGUCAAGAAAAUGAGUGUAAUUAGAAUAAAUAAAAAUUUUACCCCAAAAUUUGUGAUUGUAAGGAGUUUGGCCAGCGCUGUAAGAAAUGAAGAGGAAUACACUGCAACCCCACAGUAUCCUCCUAUAUUGGAUUUGUCGUUCGAAAAGAGGCUAGAACGGAAAAAGGAGGCAAUGCAUGAGGAAAUUAAAGCUGUUAAAACUGUGGAGGAAAAACAAAUUAAGUUAAACAUGCCCCGGUUUUAUGGUUUUAAAAGUUAUAUGCUUAAGGAAGAUUAUGUGCCCUAUAACAAUUUACCUCUCAUACAGCAUGUAACAAAGACACAUUUGAUUGUUAACAAUGAUUUGCCGGAGUAUUAUAAAAGAUUUUCUGUAGAUGAUUUAGUUGGUAAUAUAAAGUCGGAAUUAGAAGAGGUUAUUUUGAUAGAACUUGAAGGGUAUAAAAGGAUGAAUGGUGUAGACAGCAAUGCAUCUGAAGUAGAGUUGGAAAAUAUUAUUAGUACUUCUAUUUGCAAACAGUUAAAUAGAUUAGCCAUAAAUAAAAUAUGCAAAAGUCAUUCUCAUUUAUUAGAUGUCCAGAUUGAUACAGAUCCCAGAAUUGAAUCUACUUGGUAUGCUGGCGGUAUGAAUUCUCCAGACCAUAUCAAACGACUUCGCAAAGGUUUGGAGUGGAUGAAAAAAUAUGUAGAUGAUCCCGUCGACCGAUUAAUGGUGUACCACGGUUUCCCAAGUUUAACUGUUCGGUCUCAAUUACCAUUAAAGACAAUUGUUCCUUUUUCCGAAGCCGAAAAUCCCGACUUAGUAGUACCGUUCUUCCAGUACGACCCUAGAGUUGUGGGCACAGAGACUGAACAUAGGCACAUGGCCAAUGUACCUGGCUUUUGGCCAGGAGAUUCUCACCGAUUUGGUCUCAUAUCAUAUCACAAGAGGGGUCAUAUGUUAACCAGACAACAGAGUUACGGGGACCCCGAGGACGACAAAGAAGCCUUACACAGACAAGGCAUUUUGGCGUCGUUUGGUUGGUUAAGUGCCCAAGCCAAUCUGUUAGGAUUUACGACAUUUAACGAUAUUACUUAUCCACUUAUUACACAGACGGUUAUUACAAAUGGCAAAUUGUGGUCGUUUUAUGCUUACCAGAUGAACACGAUGCUUUUGCACUCGAAAUAUAGGAAGGAGAACCCCAAAACGAAUAUUUGUUGGGGAACUGAGGAAUUGCAGUUGUAUCAGGAGAUACAGGAUGGGAAGAUCAUCGGAUUGAAUGAAGAUGUUUUUAAAUUACUUCUGAAAUUUUACGUUAAUGCGCCAGAAAGUAGAUUGGGGAUUAAUUUAACGCCGUAUUUGAGUUCAGAGGAGAAAGUAUCCGCCGAUUAUGAAGACGAUGAAAAACGAGAAUGGCUAGAAAGAGAAUAUAAAAAUCUUUCGUCACAUCGUCCUCCUCAUAAGGAACUGGACGAAAUUUACAGUUGGGAAAAAAUUUACAAGAUUGAUAAUAAAACGAGAUUUAUGGAUAAAAAGUUGAGACCGUUUGAACUGUUCAUUCAUCCACACAAGAGAAGGUUGGAUGAGAGGAAUCCGAGAUAUAUCCCAAGGAAAUUUAGACCAGACUUACCCAGGUGGAAGGGGCGGUAUGCAAAGGACUUUUUCCCUUAGAUUUUAUUCAAAAAAGAUGUUAAUAAAUCAUAAACUUUA